AUGGCUUUACAAAUUGAGAAACCAAGUAAUCGGGAGUUAUCGCUCGAGAGAAGUAAACUCGCUACGCACGCGUGUCAGAGAGGGGCCUUCGACGAAGCUGCUUUGUUGUACACUGAAGCGAUAUCAUUAGAUCCUAAUAACCAUGUUUUAUACACGAAUCGUUCUGCGGUUUAUUUGAAAACCAAGCAGUAUGAUCUAGCACUCGAAGACGGGAAGAAAGCCGCGGAAUUGAAGCCAAAUUGGCAAAAGGUAUGAUGCAUAAAUGUAUAUACCAUAUGUUGUAAUUUGUGACUUUUUGGUUUAAACUGGUCGCACAGAUUUCGGACUUUGGGUUGAGUGUUGAAUUGUAGGCUGUGAAAGAGGCUUUUUGUGGUUCAAGUACGUUUAAUUAUUGCGUGGUCUUUGUUAUUAGAAGUAUCCGGAUUUAA